AUGCCCUCUAUUGCACCAUAUUGUUCCUGCAAUAUCUAUCUACUACUAGCAUGUUUGAUCACUGGUUCUUUCGCUGGUGACCCUUAUGUGUUCUUUGACUGGACUGUCUCUUACCGCACUGCCUCUCCACUUGGAGUUAAACAGCAGGUGAUUGGCAUUGAUGGACAAUUCCCAGGACCUAUUCUUAACGUCACUACAAACUGGAACGUUGUUGUUAAUGUCAAGAAUGAUCUUGAUGAGCCUUUUCUUAUUACAUGGAAUGGUGUACAACACAGGAAAAACUCCUGGCAAGAUGGUGUUUUAGGGACUAAUUGUCCAAUCCCAGCUGGAUGGAAUUGGACAUAUCAGUUCCAAGUGAAAGAUCAGAUAGGAAGUUUCUUUUACUUUCCUUCCCUUAACUUCCAUAGAGCAGCUGGUGGAUAUGGAGGGAUCAUUAUAAACAAUAGAGAUGUUAUUCCACUACCAUUCACUGUACCUGAUGGAGAUGUUGCACUUCUUAUCAGUGACUGGUAUACUAAAAGUCACAAGGAACUGAGGAAAGAUGUUGAAAAUGGAAAAGACCUAGGAGUUCCAGAUGGUGUCCUUAUUAAUGGAUUUGGUCCAUACAGAUACGAUGAGGCACUUGUAAGAGGAGGCAUUACUUACCAGAUAAUAAAUGUUGAACCUGGAAAGACUUACAGGUUCCGGGUGCAUAAUGUUGGUAUCUCAACCAGCUUGAAUUUCAGAAUACAAAACCACAACUUACUUCUGGUGGAGACGGAAGGAUCAUAUACUGUGCAGCAGAACUACACGAACAUGGAUAUUCAUGUAGGGCAGUCGUACUCAUUCCUGGUUACAAUGGAUCAAACUGCUAGUAAUGAUUACUACAUUGUUGCAAGUCCUCGAUACGUCAAUUCAUCCAAAGCUUCUGGAGUUGCUAUACUGCACUAUUCCAAUUCUCAGGGACCUGCUUCAGGUCCUCUUCCUGAUCCUCCUAAUGAAUACGAUACGUAUUUCUCAAUGAAUCAAGCAAGAUCGAUAAGAUGGAACGUCUCUGCUGGUGCUGCUCGCCCAAAUCCACAGGGAUCUUUCAAGUAUGGUGAGAUUACUGUGACAGAUGUGUAUGUGAUAGCCAAUAGACCAGCGGAGCUAAUUGAUGGGAAAUGGCGUACUACCCUCAAUGGCAUUUCAUACUUACCACCUUCAACACCGAUAAAGCUUGCCCAGCAAUAUAACAUUCCAGGGGUCUACAAGCUUGACUUCCCCAAGGCACUGAUGAAUAGACCUCCCAAAGUUGAUACUUCCCUAAUCAAUGGCACUUUCAAAGGUUUCAUGGAGAUCAUCUUUCAGAACAAUGAUACCACAGUCCAGAGCUACCAUAUGGAUGGAUAUGCAUUUUUUGUUGUGGGUAUGGACUUUGGAGUGUGGACAGAGAACAGCAGAGGCACAUACAACAAAUGGGAUGGCGUUGCUCGGAGCACUACACAGGUCUUUCCCGGAGCUUGGACUGCCAUUUUAGCUUCUCUUGACAAUACUGGCAUUUGGAAUCUUCGUGCACAGAAUCUCGACUCAUGGUAUCUGGGCCAAGAAGUUUAUCUGAGCAUUAUGAAUCCAGAGAUCGACAAAUCUGAGGUUCUUUUGCCUGAUAAUACUAUAUAUUGUGGCGUACUCUCAUCCUUACAGAAGGACCAGGCUCGAAGAUUUAGUUUUUCUGGGGCAUCUUCAGUUGCCAGUCUGAGUAGAACCUUUUUGGUUAUGUUAGUCAUAACCUUACAUGGAGCUUUACUCAGGUGA